AGGGAGUCAAAACUUGCGAGACAACAGGCACCCCGAAGCAGAGACAGUUCUUGUUAUUCUCGAAAAUCCCAGAAACUUCCCGACUCGAUCUUGGAUUCUCACCAGCGGCAAUUUAUUGGGAUCUCUAUUUGCGUCUCAUCUCACGUGCCAUUACUGUACCACUGCUGGGCUUUGGGAAGAAGGUUUCAUCUAGUAACAAUUGAUACCUACGAUGGCUGAAUCGACGGAGGCGAGCAAGUGCUUACCCGAGCGGCUGAAGGAGACAGUUGAGAAUGCUGUUGCGGAGAAGAAACCCAAGAAAGAAAAAGCGCCCAAACAGCCUAAGCCACCAAAGGAGCCGAAAGCGCCUUCAGCGAAGCCUGCUAAACCGGCCCAGCUGGCACCCGCAGCACCGACAGACCCCAAUGCUAUGUUCAAGGAAGGAUGGCUCGCUGCAGUCAGAAAGGAACGACCCAUGGACGAACCUGUCGUUACUCGCUUCCCACCAGAACCCAAUGGUUACCUUCAUAUAGGCCACAGCAAAGCUAUUGCAAUCAAUUUUGGCUUUGCGAAGUUCUACGGCGGAAAAUGCAAUUUGCGGUUUGACGACACGAAUCCGGAGGCUGAGGAGGAGGUGUAUUUUACUGCUAUCGAAGACAUCGUGAGGUGGCUCGGCUUUGAACCUGCACUUAUCACAUAUUCUAGCGAUUUCUUCGACCAGUUAUAUGAGCUUGCAGAAAAGUUGAUAACCCUGGACGGAGCAUACGUAUGCCAUUGCACGGACGAAGAGCUGAAGGACCAGAGAGGAGGAACAGACCCCAAGAACAAACAUGAUAGAUACGCCUGUCGCCACCGUGAUCGACCCACUGAAGAAUCAUUGACAGAGUUCCGCGCAAUGAGAGGUGGCAAGUACAAGCCAAGAGAAGCCUUUCUACGUAUGAAGCAGGACCUCACAGAUGGGAAUCCACAGAUGUGGGAUCUCGUUGCGUACCGUGUCUUGGAGAAGCCACAUCAUCGGACGGGCGACAAAUGGAGGAUCUAUCCUACAUACGACUUCACACACUGCCUGUGCGAUAGUUUCGAAGGCAUCACACAUUCAUUGUGCACUACAGAGUUCAUUCUGUCCAGGGUAUCCUAUGAAUGGUUGAACAACAAGGUCGACGUACCUCAUAAGCCGAUGCAGCGAGAAUAUGGUCGACUCAACAUCACAGGUACGGUGUUAUCGAAGCGAAAGAUCAAGAAAUUGGUGGACGAAAAGAUCGUCAGCGGGUGGGAUGAUCCGAGAUUGUAUACUCUGGUCGCCUUGAGGAGAAGAGGUAUUCCACCUGGAGCGAUUCUUUCUUUUGUCAGUGAGCUCGGAGUCACAACUGCAACUAUCAACAUUCAAAUCAAACGAUUCGAACAGUCGGUCCGAAAGUACCUAGAGAUGACUGUACCUCGUCUCAUGCUUGUCCUGGACCCCAUACCCGUGAUCAUCGACGACCUGCCGGAUGACCACUACGAAGAGCUUGAAAAUGCAUUUGGGCCCAAAGAUGUCGACAUGGGGACUCACAAAUUACCCUUCACAAAGAAGGUGUACAUUGAACGUGACGAUUUUAGAGAGGUGGACAGCAAGGACUUUUUCAGAAUGGCUCCUGGAAAACCUGUUGGGUUGUUGAAAGUCCCAUACCCUGUCAUUGCGACAAGCUUCAAGAAGGAUGAGGCUACUGGUCUGGUCACCGAGAUCCAUGCAAAGUACGAGAAGCCAGCGGAAGGUGAAAAGAUCAAGAAACCCAAAGCAUACAUUCACUGGGUUGCCGAAGCACCCGAGCAUGGGUCUCCUGUCAAGUGCGAAGUCCGCGUCUUCAACCCUCUCUUCAAGUCGGACAACCCAGAUGCAGUAGAACCCAACUUCAUGGCCGAUCUGAAUCCGGAUAGUCUGAAAGUCUACCCAAAUGCGAUAGCUGAGGUCGGGUUGAAGGAGAUCCGAGAAAGGGCGCCAUGGCCAGAAGAGGCUGGGGAGAAGAAGGACAAGUGUGGAUAUGAGUCUGUCAGAUUCCAGGCAAUGAGAACGGGGUACUUCUGCAUGGACAAAGACACAGAUGAGGGGGCUGGCAAGAUUGUGUUGAAUCGGAUUGUCAGCUUAAAAGAAGAUGCUGGAAAGAGUGCAUGAACGGCAACGGAUGGCUAUAGUUAUGGUGAUGGAACCCAUGAUUGUAUGAUGAUGACUCUUCAGGCGGUCUCCUGAGAUACCAUCGGGUCGAUAGAUUGAUGGCAAUGCUGUGCUCACGGACUAGAGCUUGAUUCAAC